UUGUGUGGUUGUGUAGGGUUAAAUGUGUAUGGAUGUACGUCCGGUCCGAUUACGUGUGCAAAUAUUAUUAUACAUGAUUGCAAUAACAACUAGUAGAAGACUUAGCUCUGCACACGCUGCGAACAUGAACGGGAUUUUGAGCCAAGUUUUGUUUAUGGAAAAUAUUUCCAGAAGAUGUUUAUUACCAUGAGAGAUAUUAUUUCUUCACAUGAUCUGGGUUGCUUGGUUAGCUAAGGAUAGCGUAUGCCAUGUGUUGUGUGAAGUUGAAUUUGAAGUGAUGUUUUGGACUCUCGACCUCAGCUCAUGUCCAGUGACUGAUUGAGUGUGUUACUGUAGUGUUGGUGACUUGUGUGUUGAAGUUCAGCGCACGGCGGAACGGUUGUCCUCUUUUGAUGAGGUCAUUUGUUUGGCUGACGUCGUUGUUUUAUCAAUCAAUUAGUCUUGUCGUUGUCAAGUUUUGAAUAUUGGUUGGACAAGGUUUCCAGGAUUUGUCACCUACAUGUAGGGUUCUAGAUUUGUGAUGUAAAACUGAUGGAUUUCUACCUCCAUGGAUGGUUGUAGUUCCUUACUCUAUGGUCUUAGAGGGUUGACUUCUUACCUUAUUGAUGUGUGUGGUUGCUCCAGUACUACUACGAGUACUAGGCCUACCAGUACAUGCACUGUACCCCCUGUAGGCGACCAAGCAAUAAGGCAAGCCUAUGCAUAUAUAUGCAUGCGCUAGCCUUUUGCACAAGCUGUGCCAAUAAUUCAAGUCAACCUUAAUUUACUUUAACAGAACUAUUCAGCAUGUUCAGUCUCUGCCUUGAAACAUGACUGGUGUGUGGCAUUCUUUUUGCUCUUUUGAUUGUAGUACAGGGCUAGCAGGUCCCUCAUUUUCAACAGCGAUACAAAUUCAUGAAUGAAGUCUGUUUUUCACUUGCUGUCAUUAAUUUAGGUGCAGCAGUCCAGUAUACUUUCUGACGCCUUUCCGUUUAUGUUUUUUCCAAAAGGGCAUGACACAAUAGGCAAAACUGCUGUGAUAAAUUGAUGAGUUGUAGUAGUAGAGUAGAGGGUGCUUUUGUUGAUCGCCUCUGUGCAUGUCUUGGAUGUAUCAGCUUUUGAGAUGGCCAAUUUGUUUGAGAAGCUAAGUUUUUCUGUGCCGAGGCCUGCGACACCAGAGGAAAAAAUUGUUUCAAACGGAGUGGCUGAUUCUACGGAGAGCAAUGCUUGGUCAAGUAGUCAAGUUGAUGAGUUUCGUAAAGGGAAGAAUUUCUUGAGUCCGCUAGCGAUUAGCGGAAAAUCUUUGCUGCUCUCUAAACCUGGUGAUGAGCAGCUUGUGUGUAAACCUGCAACGCAGGAACAAACAGAUGUUGUUAUUCCAGCUGUAAAUAGUGCUGCUGGAAACGAUAUUUGCCAAAAUGACAUUACAACAAACUGCUUGACUUGUGAGUCGGACUCAAAACAUUCGGCAAAUGACCCACCGGAGUUGACAGCUGAACGCCAAAUAUCUCCUGUGGAGAAAGAACCAUCGUGUGAGCAGCCUUUAUCAGAUGAGAACUCUGAAACGAUACAAGAUCCUGAAUCUCCGUCGAUCAUAUCAGAACAAAUAACUGAUACAGAUAGUACGAAAGAAGAGGCUUCUGUUUUUCAGCUGGCAGCACCAUGUACUACUCCAAUGGAACCAAAGUCUGCAAACCCUCUGAGCAAUAGUAUUCCACCACAAGACGAUUCAUUACCUCUUUCAUGUGAUUCAGAAAAUGUUAGUGAACAGUUGUUCCCGGUGACGUUGAAAAAGCCGUCCACAUCUGGUGUAAAAUUACAAGUUAAAAAGCAAUCAAAAUGCAAGAAGACUGAGUCGUUGACACCGGUGACUGAUGAACAAAGUGCCAAAGAACCCAAAAAGAAACAUGCAGCUAAAAAGAAGGAAAAGAAACUUUCGGAAGGUGGAACUGAAAAGACUAGCAAGAGUGAGGCGAGCAGUGGUGUCACCUCUAAGAAGAGCUCAAAGUCAAAGACAAAGUCUGGCAAACGGGAGAGAAAUUCUGGUUCUACGGAUGCCAAAGCAGCUCAUUUACCGCUGAGCAAACCAUUCGUCAUCCCCAGAAAGAAAUCUAAGCAGGGUUUAUUUCAGGAGGUGACCUUGGACUCCAGGGAGUUUCUGAAAGACAUUUUGCCGAUCCUCACCACGCAAUAUCGCAGCAAGGAUUCCUCCACCCGCUUCACCUUCACUAAAGCGCAGCUGGUCCACAACGAGGAACUCGCUAAAUCGUUUUUUGAGUGGCGUAAAGAGAUGAAAGAUGACGGUCGCACAGAUAAGGAGCUGACAGAAUCCUUUGCAUUUAUCUCCACAGACAGCGAAAAAGAAGCUCGGAAAAUGUGUCAAGAAGGUCUAUCAGCCGAUGGUUCCCAUUCCGCUGUGCUGGGUAAUCCUACCAUGGGUGUGUAUUUAUCUCGCUACUCUGACAUCCUCAAAAGAGAUGGACUAGAAUCGAGUCACAAGGGAAUACUGCUUAUCUUGAAGAUACUAAAGGGUAAAGUGAAGGCAGUACCGUUAAACUAUAGCAGCGUGCUUGACCCAAUGCCAAACUAUGACAGUCAUGUGGCAAAGUCUAAUGCUGCGGACAUGAACAGACUGACCUCUCUGCAGACACUAGCUGUGUAUGAUGCUACCAGGAUUUAUUUGUAUGAGUUUGGUGACUUGGACAUGGUGACUCGGCCGAGGCAGAUAUGUCCCUAUGCCAUGGUGCAUUUCACAUACCAGGAGACGGCCAAAUCUGCUCAACCUGUACAACCAGUAAUGUCAUCACCACAUGAAACAAGAAACCCAGUGGCCCAGAGCUCACCCCAGGCACCCCAUCACAGCACGCUCCCACAAGCACUUCCCGUCAACACCCCUGCUCAAUCUAGCACAACUCAAGGUGACACCCACGCUGCUGCACCACACAAGACAGUGACGGCACCAAAAUGUAAAUACAACGUCUUGAGAGAGCGGCACUUUGUGGUCUGGAAGGGUGUGCUGACUGCUAAGGAAGAACCACUCUGUAUUGGCAAGAUGGUGUCUUACACAUCCCCUGUGCUUCCUCAUACACUCCCUUCGUCUUUAAACUUCAAGAACAAGAUCUCCUUUGCCAAGAUGCUGAGCUAUUUCCCAUCUGGGAUCUUUGCCAGUGGAAUACCUCUGACCUCUGACAUCAGGGAAGUCUGUCGGAGAAACAAGUACGUCGUUUACUGUGAGCUACAACAGAUCAAGGAAUCCCACAAGAGAUUUGAGCAUCUCUUACAUUUCUUGACACGUGAACAAGUGGUCUUGAAGUGCAAUCUUGGGGGUGGCGUCAUGGUGUUCGUUCUACCCACCUCCCCGCUGUCCCAAAAGCUUGGCUUGACCAAAGUGGAUUACCCGGACACUCUGCACGUUCUCUUCACAUCCCACCUGCCCAUGAUUGGUCACAUCACAGAGAAGGGCAUCUGCAUGCCUCCUGGCUCAAAGAUACAAAGACCAAUCUCAGAAAACCAACUCCUGGAGAAGAGCAGCAAUAAACAGCUGAUGCUUCGCAUCGGCCUCCUAUCCAUGUUCACAAGACAGACCCAUGACCUCAAACGGCGAGAGUCUACUGAGAUUUCGCCCCUGCAACCACAGCCGGAGGUAUCGGCGAGCCUUUCAGCUUCUAUGACUCUGCCCAGCAGCUUGACUGCGGAGCCUCAGAAUGUCACGGUUAUUGAUUACAAACAUGGGAUUACAGCCAAGAAGGACCUGGUCUCGACGUAUAAGCCGAAACAAGACCUCGCCGACGUCAGUGUGCAACCACCUAAGAAAACACCUGUACCAGCUACAAGCCAAUUGACUGCAAGUGUUCAUAGCGUACAUCCCAUGUACGGUAGUCCAUCAACCGGCUUGGAGCUGAAAUCUGACGUCAAUCCGGAAGCAUCCUUCCACCCCAUGUAUAAUGUGUCUGAGACGCCACCGUUGAAAGGUGCACCCCACCCGAUGCAUACUCCCCAGAAGCUUCACAAGACUGCCGAAACCUUAACUCUUACACCCAAGGAGGGUACCCCAAAAGCUGCAUCGCACCCAAUGUACACCCCGCAGCCAGAGUUGGAUCGUACAACCCCUGGAACCUUAGCGGGGACCCCGAAGGAAAAAAUGCCUCAAGUUUCCCCUCACCCAAUGUACUCGUCGUCGUUCAAGGAGGCCGCACCAAAAGAAAAAGUUCAUCCUAUGUACAGUCAUCACAUUGAGGUGACUCCUCGAGGGAUACCUGGAACUCCUCGCGUGGGCCCUGGGUUCCCACAAGUGGUCCCUGGGACUCCUCGCGUGGGCCCUGGAACCCCACAAGGGGUCCUUGGAACUCCUCUCGUGGGCCCUGGAACUCCUCGCGUGGACCCUAGAAUUCCCAGAGGGGACCCUGGAACUCCCCGAGGGGUACCUGGAACCCCUCGUGUGGGACCUACAACUCCUCAAGGGGACCCCGGAACCCCUCUAAGGGACGAGGCCAUUAGCCCAAGAUCAGCGAUGAGAGACCCUCGCCUCGCUAAUGGCCACCCACACUCACAUUAUCUGACCCCAUUCGGGACAAAUGACUACCAAAGAAGAGCAGAUAUUUCCGGAGUCCAAACAGAACCUCCAAAGGUCUCCCGCUCUAGUAACAUGGAGCUCGGAAGCAUCUUAGACAAACAACAGGAAAUCAAGAAGCUGAAAGAAGAGAUGAAGGUACUCCGCCAGCUCAAGGAAAACACGGUCGGGGAUCAGGGCCUGGAGCAGCUCUACAACACCAAGGUGACGAAGCUUCAAGACAUCCUGGCCGCCCUGCGUCAGGAGCGUGAUCGUCUUAAUCAACCUCAGGCCGAGGGAGAGAGAGCAGAGAGACAGCCUCUUGGCUCUCAUCCGCGUCUCGGUGUGGAGAAGAGGCAGCUUGAGUCACAUCCUCAGGCGGGCGAGGAGCACCAGGGACAAGAGCAGAGUCUUGAAGGCAGUGGAAAGAAGAGCUUGGGGUACAUCGGGUUGGAGGAGCGAGGAAGAGAUCUAUCUGAUCAGGCGCCAGAAACGGAGCGGGAAUUGGGAAGACAGACCGUGCCUACAACUCCUGAGAUGAGCGAGAAUCCUUCUCUAUUGCAGACCCCAACCUUGUCGACCAGACUGGCGGCAGACUCGACAGUCAUUCCAGCUCUCUCCAAAAAAGUUAAUGUGUCCAUCGAAACGCUCAAAGCUGUGAUUGAGAAGGUUUUGAACGAUCCAAAUCAGCCGACCAAUGAAAAGGCGUCAGCGGAGGAGAUCGAGGGCUCCAAAGAUACCCCAUCGUCAUUCCCAGUUUCUAUCCCACUCAAUAUGCUCUCUGCAGAGAAAGCAUUGGAGGCAAAGAGUAGAACCAGAAAUCGUAGCGGGUCCUCUCUUGACGGAAAGAAAAAUUCAGGGCCUGAAGCCACCGUCAAAGCUGCACAUUCUGAGAUUGAGAAUAGAAGCGGUUCCUCCAAACGAUCUUUUGUUGCGUUUGAAGAUGUACUUGCUUCCAUGGACAACUAUAUUCAUACUGCAGCCACCGUCAAAACUGCGCAUUCUGAGAGUGAGAACAAAGACAGAAGCGGUUCCUCCAAACGAUCUUUUGUUGCGUUUGAAGAUGCACUGGGUUCCAUGGACAACUAUACUCAUGCGUCCAAAAAACAGAAAAGAUCUCAUAGUCGUGAUUCAGAGGUACCAGCUGCAUCUGCUUUGCCGAGGACGCUGUCCAAGUCGGGCGGAACGCAAGACGUCGAGGAAGAGAAAAACGCUGAAUCGGACGGCGGUGGAACUCUUGACGAUAGUGAGACCCAGAACCCUGAAGGAAUGGAAAGCUUCAUUGAGAAAUUCAACAAAGAUGGCCUGCUGUUGGACAUCAACUCCGCCAAGAGAAUACUGUCAAACCAGGAGGGCGGACUCGGCUCUCCAAUCCAUGGCGCCUCAGAGAUGAAAGCCUUCCUGAAUGUUGGAGUGAAGAGUGCAAGCAAUCGCAUCAUCAGCGCAACCGAGAUGAAGAGCUACCUCAAUAAGAAACUCGUGGAGGUUGAGCGUGAGAAACUCAACCGAGGGAAGAAGGGAGCAACCUCUACUCGACGUGGGAAAGGCGGCAACAGUACAGAGCGGACAAUUUCUGAAAUUGAUGCCGAAAUUAAGAGACUUAAUAAAGAGAAAGAACGCCUGAAAAUGCACUGCUCUAGGAAAAGACACAGCAGUGGAGGGAGUCAUUCUGAUAAGCCUGGCAAGCUGCCUUUCAUCCAUUCUGUUAACCUGAGCGGCCUCGGCCGAAUACCCAAGAAGAAAACACCCUCCCCGGAGACUGUCCAGGGUGCCCAGAGUCAGAAUGCCCCAGUUCAGGGUGCCCCAGGUCCAACACAAACCCAAGAAGUUGUCAAAACCAAACCUAGUCCAGCAGACACGUUGCAGGAGGAAACUGUCGAGAGUUCUGUUGGCUUAGCGAAGGUCGUUCCGGAUGACAUUGCCUUGAUGGUCAGCAACUCUCACCGAAAGAGCCCCAAACCCUGCUUCCUCAUCUGCUCCAAGGAGAUCCAGCUGAGAGGGGGUAAGGAGAAGGCGUUGCUGGAGACAGGGUUGAAGAAGGACAACAAACCGUUGGCUGUCAUGGUUCUGACCAGGAAGUACCUCCAGGCUGGGAUGAAGGAGUGUGACUGGUCUGGUCACAGCCUCCAGGAUUGUGUUGCAGAUAUACUGCAUGUCAAAUCCAGGAACAGUGAAAGAAGUGAGAGUGAACAGGAGAUUCAUUUCAGUCGGAAUGCUCAGGCUGCCGUCAGGAUUGUCUUUAGGAGGCAGAAAGUGACGGCUGAACCCAUAGGCAGACAGGUCACUGAAAACAAUCAGACAGUGAUGUUUAGCUCGUCUACUGGUGGAAAAUCAGAAGCACCCUCCGGCUCCAUCGACCAGGACCAAGAUCUCAUAAAAACAGACCAAAUUUUGAAAAUACCUUCUAGGGAGAUUAAGAACAGUCAGGACCUGGUCCUGGAGGGUGAAGACAAAUCAAUGGCUCCCAAGAAGCAAGAAUCUGCUGAGGAAUCGGGUCAUGUCGAAGACAGAUCCCAAGAAGUUCAGUCUACAAACUUGGAGACCACGUCGAGUUCAUUGGGACAGGGUGCAAAAGGGUCAGGUUCCCUGUUUGUUGACUGUGAGCAGGAACUUGAUAAGGCCGUGGAGAGAGCACUAAAGGAUGCACUCAUCAUCAACGAUGGGGCGUGCUUCUUUGGGGACCUGGAGAGUGAAGAAGGGGUUUCUGUCGAGAUGAAACUGGACGAGGAGGCAGCAUCAGGAGAAAAAAGUCCCACUGAAGGUCCCCACACUGAUGAGAGGAAGAGCAGAGAAUCCCAUAAAAUACCGGUUGUUGGUUCUCAAGAAACUGAGGUUGUUGAUGAUACCAAAAUAGGGGAGAAAUUGCUGUCCGACGGUAGCCCUCAAACCAAUCCCACUCCCAAUGUGACAGAGUUCCUGAAUAUGACGCUAGACGACUUUCUAUCAUCACAAGCUUCCUCAUCUACCUCUUCCAAGAAUCCGAAGGACAACAAUGCAGUCCAGGUGAAAGGUUUGGAGCCCAAAGUCAAAGAGCCGAAGAGUACAAAAUCUGACUCAAACGCUGCGGCGGUGGGGACUAAGAAGCCAACAGAUGCAAGUGAUGGCAAUGUUAAAGAAGUCAUCCAGAGUACUUCGUAUAAAUCUGCUGCUAAUAUGAAGGGGUCUCGAGCGUCUCGUCGCCAUCAUCCUUAUGAGAGACGGAAGGAGAUGGAGGCGGUGGACACGAGCUUCAGCAAAAGGCUGGCCGUCCCGGAACUCAGAAAGCUGAUGCAAAACUACACCAUCGCUGCGUACAAGGAUCGCAAAAGAAACCGACACCACCACGAUAACGAGCCAGACUUCUUCAAUAGUCCUCGAAACGAUCCAGCCCGAUUCAAGAAUGUCGCGAAACAGUUCAGUCGUGGCAGCAGCCAGGAAAAGACCAAGGAGGAAGAGCAACGGGGUGACGUGAAGAGUCUGGCCUGGAGGCAGGAGAAGAAGAAAGAGAAGCUGAAUGCGAUGGAGAGAGAGAUGAAUCAGGGAGGGGCCAAGAAAGAGGAAGUCACUCCCGAGAAUACCGAGGAGGCGUUUCAAGCGGAACAGCUUUAUUAUGAAGAUAAGGUUGAUCCCAGUCCUGCAUGCAAGACAGAGAGUCAAGGCCAGCCAGCAACUCCUAUCAACCAAGCAUCGGGGAAAUCGCAACAACCAACAGCUCAAAGAAAGAAAAUGGCAACAACAACAACAACAGCCACAGGCGCGUGCCAAGGUGGAAUAGGCCUAGGGAUAACACCAGACCCAACAAUCAGUUCAACAAUCAGCAAGCCCAGUUUGAGCAGCAGCGUAGACGACAACAACAGCAGCUCAACCAACAGCAACAGCAACAGCAGCAGCAGCAACAACAACUGCAAGAGGCCCUUUACCGACAAAUACAGCAACAGCAACAGCAGUUCUCAUAUCAGCUACAGAGACAGCAGCAGCAGCAACAACAGCAACAGCAACAGCAACAGCAGCAGUGGUUCCAGCAGCAACAGCAGCGAAGUGCUGGCUGGGGCUGGAGGAGGUAGCUCAGCUAGCCUGAGCAUGGGUGGGGGGGAUCAUCAGCCACAGCAUAUCAACACAAUACCAGCAUAUCCGUUUUCGUCGCAGCUUGCAUUAAACACCGUCCCUACAGCAGCCACUACGCCUAUCAACAGAGUCAACACACCGGGGAGUUCACCUGUCCUCAACCAACAUUACAUCCCAGCCCAGCCAGCCACGUCCAAAGAUUCCUGUUUGGUGUCUUGCUCCAUCAACGUAUCACGUGACCCAAGAAUUAUGCGGAAGCACUCCCAAAGUGAUCCCAGCAAGGCACCCCAGCAAUCUGAAUCGACAGCUUCCGCUACCCCAUCGACGUCAACAAUGCAAAAACAGUCUCAGUCCAGUCCCGCAGUGCAUGCCACCAGCAGUGCGCCUGCACCGCCCAAGGAGAAGAGAACCAAGUCCAUUCUCAAAGGGAGCCAAAGGCAUUCAAUAGACUCGUCAACUGAGAAGGAAAACUGCCAGAGUGGUCCCGCCGCCGAACAGGACAGUGCAACUGAUGCAUCCAAGAAGGUGAAGAUAAGUCUGUUGGAGUAUAAAGGCAAAGGAAGACAGCCUGAUACGCCUGGAACACAGGAGGUAGACCCUACCUUGGAUGUCAGACAGAUAGCUCUAUCACCUUCAUGUCCCAACAUUCAGGUAACUGUCACCGGAGAUACAAAGCGGACACUUUUGCUUGAGGAAGUCGACUGCGUUAAACCGAAGGAGGACGAAGAAACUCUUAAAAAAAAAAAACAUGAUGUCACAGUAAGCGACGAGGUAAGAAAUCCUCCUCAGCGGGAAGAGAAGCUCCUCACAGUGCAGAUCAGUAACGAGGGUGAUUCAAGAGUGGUCGUCGACCGGAGUAUCUCUCCACCACUUCAACCAAGCAUGCUUCAUAGAGACGUCAAUGCCUUCUUGAGAGAACAACCGAACCUUGUGAUUACCAUGACCAGAGAAGACUCAGAUGACGAAACAAACACUCUCUUAAAGCCCAUUGAGAACUUUCCGAAGUUUGUAAAUCAUGAGUCGAAUGGUGACGUGAACAGUUCUGUUCACCUCACAGGGACAAAUGCUCCAGAGGUCAGCAAGAAACUCCAGAUGAGUGUUGAAAACUCAGUCACUAUUGCUCUUCUCGAGCUGGAGGACGCCAUCUUCAAUAUUUCUGCAGACACCAUCGCAGGCAUCAAGACAAGGCAGAGUUUCCUCGGGGAGCAUCUCGCCAAACUGUCGCCAACCUCAGUCAGUCGGAGACUGCAAGAUAUCAAGUUUGAACUCGAUGCAUUCUGGUCCGAGCUGCGCACACUGGAUCUGCCAGAGUCUCUGCAAGUCACCGAGGCAGUGCCUUGCGAUCCACGCUGUCUGUCCAUCAAAAGAAAACCCUCUCAGAAUGGAGAGGUCAACGGGGUUGAUUUGACAUCUCAUACCAUCAAUGAUAUCAUGAUGGAUGUUACAUCCAAGAUGAUGUCUUGUUUAGAAUCUGAUACAGUUUCUAGAAAGAAACAAGAAAGGAUGACGACUUGUUUCUCGACGCACCUUCCCAAGCUGGUCAAGCUAACUGGUGUUCUCGCAAGUCCUCGAAAUUCACCGGAAAACCCGUAUGCAUGCUCAGAUCAAAUGGAUGUGAUGAUAUCUGGAAUGAAACAAGACAUCGAGAGAAAAGUUGAUGAUCUUUACUUCAGUGUGACUGACCAAUGUAGUCCCAUAGAAAAGGUCCAAAAGAUGUCAGAAAUGCCAGACUUUUCAUCAAAACCCGAUAUCCCUUUGAUUGUCCAACAUUUAUUAGCAGCAGCACGAGCUCAGUCCUGUAAAACCCAGGACACCUCAGGUGAUAUGACGUCCACUUUUUUCCCUGUUGAGGCUUGUGAUACCAAAGUCACACACCCAUCUACAGUAGAUGAGACUACAGUUUCCCCUGUUGAGGCACGUGGUACCGAAGUCACAUACCCAUCUACAGUAGACGACAGUACAGUUUCCCCUGCUGAAUUGCGUGAUAACAUAUUCACAUUUCCAUCUAGAGUAGACUACAGUACAAUUUUCCCUGUUGAGGCGCGUGAUAUCAAAGUCACACAUGCAUCUACAGAAAACUACAGUACAGUUAUCCCUGUUGAGGCGCAUGAUACCAAGGUCAAACACUCGUCUACAGUUAACUACAAUACAGUUUCACCUGCUGAGGCGCGUGGUACCAAAGUCACAUACCCAUCUACAUCAAACUACAGUACAGGUUUCUCUGUUGAGGUGCAUGAUACCAAGGUCAAACAUUUGUCUACAGUUAACUACAAUACAGUUUCACCUGUUGAGGAGCGUGGUACCAAAGUCACAUACCCAUCUACAGCAAACUACAGUACAGGUUUCUCUGUUGAGGCGCAUGAUACCAAGGUCAAACACUCGCCUACAGUUAACUACAAUACAGUUUCACCUGUUGAGGCGCGUGGUACCAAAGUCACAUACCCAUCUACAGCAAACUACAGUACAGGUUUCUCUGUUGAGGCGCAUGAUACCAAGGUCAAACACUCGUCUACAGUUAACUACAAUACAGUUUCACCUGUUGAGGCGCGUGGUACCAAAGUCACAUACCCAUCUACAGCAAACUACAGUACAGGUUUCUCUGUUGAGGCGCAUGAUACCAAGGUCAAACACCCAUCUACAGUAAACUCCAACCAAAACGACAGUCUUCCUCCGGAACCACCAACAAAAGAACCUGACACAAAUACGAACAGCUGGAAACUUGUGGAUAACAGGCCAUUGACAAACCCCAAAAAGAACACUGAAUUUCAACCUUCAAAAGUAGAAAUUAGACUCAGUCCAGAGCGAUCACCUGUAAGACAUAUCACUUCUUCGACAAAGAUGAAGCGAAAAAAUGCUGUCACCCCGUCGACCCCCGAUAGCUGUAAAUGGGGCAAGUUCACAAUGAAGCUCUGGGGCAAGCGACCAAAGAAACCAGACAGGCCUGAGAAGGUGAAGACUUCAAACACAAACUCCCCCGAACUGUCGCCUGAUACACCAGACACAAACCCAUCAACCGAUGCUCCUUUAGAAGACACCCAAGACACUACUGAGGCAAUGACGAAAGAAGAACCAAGCGACACACAGACAGCUACGGAGAAGAAACUCAGCAGUGACGAUGAAAAAGCAGUUGAAGACAUGUGUGCAAAACUACUCGGAGAGGAUAAGAAGAAAGAAAAGCCAGUCACUGGAACGGGAAUUCCCACCCUUCUGAAUCGAAGUACCAGUCAUACUGCAUCAGCUCCUAAGCGCCCGUAUUCUAGUACACCAGCAACUGCGAGCAAAGAGAGCAUUCCUCAAACGCAAACCACAUGGCCAACAACAGUUCAGGCAAGCUCCCAUAACACUGGAAUCACUCAGCAGCAAGCCUACAACCCUGUUGCUGCGAAUCAGAACACGACCAACCAGACAUAUCCGUACAGCCAUCAAACUAUGACACAACAGCAACCCUGUGUACCUCAGACCCAAAACACUGCGGGUUACAUGCAGCAUCAAACCCCAACUUACCAGUACAAUAAUGGCAGCCAAGGUUGUGUACCGUACCAGGGGUACCCCCAACAAACUCAAGGGAUUUCAAACAUGAUGGCACAGCACGGGCAAGCAAGUCAAGGGUUUAUGCAACAGGCAUCGAACGCUGUACCCUUCGGCCCUCAGCAAAAUGCAAAUUGUGUCCAACAGCAGUAUACCAAGGGAUAUGGUUACAGCGGUAAUCCCAUGCAAUCGGGUAUGGGACCUGGACAGUAUAACAUAGGAUAUGGAGCUCAAAACUGUGGAACCGGAAUGACUGGAAAUAACAUGGGAUAUGGGUCUUCAGGGCAAAUGACCAGCAACAUGGGACCUGGACCUACCAACAUGGGACCUGGACCUAACAACAUGGGACCUGGACCUAACAUGGGACCUGGACCUAACAACAUGGGACCUGGACCUAACAACAUGGGACCUGGACCUAACAACAUGGGAUCUGGACCUAACAACAUGGGACCUGGACCUAACAACAUGGGACCUGUACCUAACAUGGGACCUGGACCUAACAACAUGGGACCUGGACCUAACAACAUAGGACCUGGACCUAACAACAUGGGACCUGGACCAAACAACAUGGGACCUGGACCUAACAACAUGGGACCUGGACCUAAUAAUAUGGGACCUGGACCUAUCAACAUGGGACCUAGCUCAGCCAACAUGGGACCUGGACCUAACAACAUGGGAUCUGGACCAAACAAUAUGGGACCCGGACCAAACAACAUGGGACCCAGACCAAACAACAUGGGACCUUGCCAAACCAACAUGGGACCUUGCCAACCCAACAUGGGACCUAGACCUUACACUCAAGGACCUAUGAGACAGCAGCCUCCAGUACCAGGGAUAGAUAGUGAAGGUAUAGUAAACUCUGGGAUGCAUGACAGUGCUGGACAGUAUUCCAAUUACAUGUAUAACAUGAAUUUGUAUGCAUGCUACUCGCAGGUAUAUUAUGCAAACCCAUUUGAAUACAUGACAGCAGAACAGCCGGGCAGCAUUGAAAUUGGCAAAGAAUCCCAAGCUGACCCAGAAGUGGAGACCAAACCAAAUGAUAAUGAACAGAAAGAUGAGUCAAAAAUAAUUAACAGUGACAUUAAAGAAGUCAAGACCAGAAUGAAAUUACAAGAAUCUUUCACUUCCAAGGUAGAGAUAGACAACGUCGACAUAAAAGCUUGUUCAAUCAUGGCCACCGAAACUUCCUCAGAGUGUAGUGUAGAAAGUUUAAAGGUAACACAUUGUCAGAAGAACUUGGACAAAACUGUGGUAGAAGUAGUGGCUGUAGGCUCCAAAAAUACUUCCUGUAGCUUAACAUUAUUAGAACCAGUGAGACAUGAACCAGAGGACUCUCCAGAUUUUAUGAUAGAACAAUUUAAUGUGGAUGGUAAAUGCAGCUGCAAGAAUUCUGCAGUUGAAGGAUCUAACCUGGAUGUCAAGAUGAUUGCUCCUCCAGCGUCAUCAAGAAAAGAAAACGGAAGCUCUGAGUGGGCCAUUUCUAGAGAACAGAACGAUGAUCGAGUUGAUAAUAUGUCAGUAUUGAAUAUGGUCUUCAGUUCUGAGGGAGAAGCUCUUACCGAUGACUGCAACGAUGUUGAGAAGAUUGCCUCCCCAGUAUAUUCCAGAAAAGAAAGUGGAAGCGUUGAGUUGGCCGUUCUUAGAGAACAGACUGAUGAUUGUGUUGAUGAUGAUUUGUCGGUUGUAAGCAUGGUCUUCAGUUCCGAUGAACAGACAGUUACUGAUGACUGGAGUGAGACCAUUCUAGACAGUCAACAGGACGAGGAGGUAAAUGUUACACCAUCUCUUGAUGAGUCCAUCUCCUUCCUUCCGCAAGGGGUUGAACACGGAGUUAUGACUAGCUUUCUUAUUGAGGAGUUUUACAAGCCCAGAUCAAGCUCCUGUGUUCUAGACAAACAAAACAAUACAUUAUAUGCCAAUGGAGAUGACGGAAAUGCAACUGGAGUUUUAAGUUCAUCAAAAGAAACUGCUGAUGGAGCUUUGCCAGUUGAUAUGACACCGUCGGAUUCAUUCACACACUUGAAAAGUCCAGAAGAAAAUGAAAGUUUUUGUAAAUCUUCAGUUGAUUAUUUUCCAGGUAAUCGCAGAAUGGAAUUCGUGAGUUUCUAUGGUAGUAAUGAUAAAGACUACUCAAAGCUAGAUGCUCAUGUGGAUGAACAGAAUGUCAAGUCGAUUACUUCACCGGCAUUAUCUCGAGAGAACAAAGCAACCAGCACAUUGACCUCUCCUGGAGAGCAGAAAGUUUUGGGUGUAGAGGAUUCACCUUUAGUGAAGAUGGUUUGCAGUCUCGAGGAUGAAACUCUUACCAACGACUGCAACGGUGUCAAGACGAUUGCCUCCGAAGCAUCUUCCAGAGAAGAAAAUGGAAGCACUGAGAUUACUGUUCCUAGAGAGCAGAACGACGAUUGUGUCGACAAUAUGUCAGUACUGAGCAUGGUGUUCAGUUCCGAGGAACAAACUCUUACGGAUGGUUGCAAUGAUGUCAAGAUGAUGCCUUUCCCGGCAUUUUCAAGAAAAGAGUCUUCCGUUCGUAGAGAGCAGAAUGAAAAUUGUGUUGAUGAUAUGUCUGUAUUGAACAUGGUCUUCAGUUCUGAGGGAGAAGUUCUUACUGACGACUGCAACGAUGUCAAGAAGAUUGCCUCCCCAGCAUCUUCAAAAAAAGAAAACGUAAGUCCCAAGUCUGCUGUUCCUAGAGAGCAGAACGAUGAUUGUGUUGAUGAUAUGUCAGUAUUGAGCAUGGUUUUUAGUUCUGAAGAACAGACCCUAUCAGAUGACUGCAACGAUGUCGGGUUGAUUGCCUCUCCAGCAUCUUCAAGAAAUGAAAAUGGAAGCACCAAGUCUGCCAUUCCUAGAGAGCAGAACGAAGAUUGUGUUGAUGAUAUACCAGUGUUGAGCAUGUCUUUCAGUUCAGAGAAACAUUUAGUUACUGAUGACUGCAACGAUAUCGAAAUGACGCCUCUCCCUGGACUUUCAAGAAAAGAAAAUGGAAGCACGAAGUCUGCUGUUCCUAGAGGGCAGAACGGUGAUUUUUUUGGUGAUAUGCCAGUAUUGAGUAUGGCUUUCAGUUCCGAUGAACAAACAGUCACUUAUGACCGCAACGAUAUCGAGAUGACUCCUCCCUCGGGAUUUUCAAGAAAAGAAAAUGAAAGCAACAAGUCUGCUGUUUUUAGAGGACUUAACGAUAAUUGUUUUGAUGAUAUGCCAGUAUUGAGUAUGGCUUUCAGUUCUGAUGAACAAACACUCACUGAUGACCGCAACGAUAUCGAUAUGACUCCUCCCUCUGGAUUUUCAAGAAAAGAAAAUGGAAGCAAUAAGUCUGCCGUUUUUAGAGGACUAAACGAUAAUUGUUUUGAUGAUAUGUCAGUAUUGAGUAUGGCUUUCAGUUCCGAUGAACAAACAUUCACUGAUGACCGCAACGAUAUCGAGAUGACUCCUCCCCCAGGAUUUCCAAGAAAAGAAAAUAGAAGCACCAAGUCGGCCGUUCCUAGAGGGCAGAAUGACGAUUGUUUUGAUCAUAUGCCAGUAUUGAGCAUGGCUUUCAGUUCAGGGGAACAAACACUCACUGAUGACCGCAACGAUAUCGAGAUGACUCCUCCCCCAGGAUUUCCAAGAAAAGAAAUUGGAAGCAACAAGUCGGCCAUUCCUAGAGGGCAGAACAAUGAUUGUUUUGAUUAUAUGCAAGUAUUGAGCAUGGCUUUCAGUUCCGAUGAACAAACACUCACUGAUGACUGCAACGAUAUCGAGAUGACUCCUCCCCCCGGAUUUUCAAGAAAAGAAAAGAAAAGCACCAAGGCUACUGUUCCUAGAGGGCAGAACGAUGACUAUGUUGAUGAUAUGUCAGUACAGAGCAUGGUCUUUAGUUCCGAGGAACAAACUCUUACCGAUGACUGCAAUGAUGUCAAGAUGAUUCCUUUCCCAGCAUCUUCAAAAAAAGAAAAUGGAAGCGACAAGACGGCCGUUUCUAGAGAGGACAACGAUGAUUGUGUUGAUGAUAUGUCAGUAUUGAGCAUGGUCGUCAGUUCCGAGGGAGAAGCUCUUACUGAUGACUCAAGUGAGACCAUUCAAGACAGUCAACAGAAUGAGGAGGUCCAGCAAGCAGUUGGGCACCAGUAUUCUAGAUCAGGCAAUCGAACAACAGACGAUGCCGGCCCUUCCACUGCUGGCUCUUUCACGGACACACCACCUUCCCAUUCAAUCCGAGGGUCACUUCAAGUGAGCAUCGAAGCGGGCUCGGUAACCAAGGGGAACUCUUCUUUUCCAGGCUGCCUGGGAAGAGAGUGGGUUAAGGGUGAUUGGGAGACGGGAGAGUGUCGGGAAGAGCCGGCGGUGGACAAGCAGGGGAAGGCCUGGCUGGAGAAGGCCUCUCUGGAGGGAGCCUUGCCGGAGGCAGGGCAGGGCGGGAAUGACGCUGAGUCCAUGGGGAUUGUGGUUCCGGAUGUGACACUGCUGAUGACCUGCUGUCCAGAUGACUUUGAUACACUCUGUUCAAGGCUACUGCUAAGGUCCACCUCAAACGGGGACAAACGAUGGAAGUUGUUGCUCGGAUCUGAAGUUGUAGUAAAGUUGGAUCAAGUUAGGCAGCUCUUACCCACGGAAUCCCAGCUUGGUCAGCAGGCGUACCAAAUCCUCAAGGUGUGUAGCACAUACCAUGGUCUCGGCAUUGUGCAACUCUUACCGUGCCAAAACACGUACCACGGAGCUGUGACGGUUCAGAGUCAGAUUGACUACAUUCUUGAGUUGAGACGGGGUGUGAUAAGCGCACAGCAGCGCCACUGUGUCUUCCUUUCUGAUGGGAACCCUGAGAGUGCAGAUGCGAUCCUAUUCAGAGAGAGGAACAUUGACGUCUGCAACAUGAAGAUCCUUCUAGACAGAUUGGCCGCUAGUACGCCCACUGAUCAACCCCAAGGAAGGAGAAACACCCAACAUGGGUACACCACCAGCCUGGGCGUAGAGGGGCGGUUGAUGGCUCCUACAACCGAGCAUCCCUUGGGUGUCUCCGGUACCCCGACAAGACAACUAUGCAAGCCGAGAUGGGAGUAA